AUGUUACGAACGAGUUUGACCCUCCUCGCAGCGUCCGCGAUUGCUACAGCUCUGCCACAGGCUGUGCCUGCAACGUCUACCAGCUCUGCUCCAGUUUUUGAGAUCGACGGCGCAAAGCAGUACUUCGCGGGCACCAACACCUGGUGGCUAAGUCACAUCUUAUCUGACGAUGACGUCGAUCGUGCUUUAGCAGAGAUCGCUGCCAGUGAUUUGAAGGUGACCCGUGUAUGGGGGUUUGGAAACACCAACAACGGAGUGGAUCAGCCUGUCUACUUCCAGUAUCUCGACAAUACCACUAUGACGAUUACCAUCAACGAAGGUGCAAACGGCAUUCCAAGAUUGGAUUCUGUUGUUCGUUCAGCAGAGAAGCAUGGGGUCCAGCUGGUCCUCCCUAUGUUGAACAACUGGGAUGAUCUCGGCGGCAUCAACACAUACUGCAACUACUUUGGUUGCAACAAGACCACCUUCUGGACUGAUCCUGGUGCACAAGAAGCUUACAAGAAUUACGUGAGCUUUAUCGUUCAGCGAUACAAGGACUCUCCUGCUAUCUUCUCCUGGCAAUUGGCGAAUGAGCCUCGUUGCCCGAACUGCUCUACCAGUGUUAUCACAAAAUGGGCGCACGACGUGUCACGCUUGAUAAAAUCGUUGGAUCCAAACACCCGCGUCAGUCUUGGAGAUGAGGGCUGGCUUUGCGGAGGUGAAGACUACGCAUACAGCUGCAUCGAAGGAAUCGAUUUUGAGGCCAACCUGAAUAUUCCUACGCUCGACUACGGCACUGUACACAUGUACUAUGAUCAGUGGGGCUACACAUCUGACUGGGGCAACAAAUGGAUUACAGACCAUGCCGCGUUGGCCAAAAAGCACGGCAAACCCAUCGUUAUGGAGGAGUAUGGUGUGAAAUCCACAGUCUCAAAUCAGACUGAGAUCCUCCAGCAAUGGCACCAGACCAUCCUUGAUACUGAUAUUGCGUACGAUAGUUUCUGGCAAUUCGCGACUGACUUGACCGACCGUGACCCAUAUGACGAUUAUGCUAUCUAUUACGGGACUGAGUUAUACAAUCGGGUUGUGAUUCCGCAUUCCAAGGCGAUGUUAGCAAAACUGAUCUAG